AUGAACAGAAUCAUCAGAAUCUGCGAUACUUUUGAUAUACGCUUCCUCGAAAUCAAAUACAGCGAUGCAGAAGACAGCUGCGCUCCGGCAGAGUCGGUGAAGAAGAGGACAGAGUCAAAGACAUGCCGCAUCAGCAUUGGUGGUAUGACAUGUGGUGCUUGCGUUGCAGCUGUCACAAAAGAGCUGGACAAUGUUGUUGGUGUUCUCAGAGCGAAUGUCUCGCUGCCUCUUGGGCGUGCCAGCAUAUUCUAUGAUCCCGCCUCGACUACCUCUGAGAGAUUGGUGGAGGCAAUCCGUGCUGCGGGUUACGAGGCUACACUCGGGGAAAGAAGUUCAGAGGAGGUUAUGCAGAGGCUGCGACAGUCCAAGGAGCUGCAAUCACUUCGAGAUGCUAUAUCCUCAGCGAGUGUAUGUUCUACACUUAUCCUUGGCCUGGAAUAUGUCCCUAUAUUCUUGGGAAAGUUCUUCUUGGCGUCUGCAAAGCGUGGAGUGAUUCCCUGGCUACUGCUUAUGAUGGCAUUCAGAGUUCAAGCUUGGGAUGCGCGGACAAUCCAUUUCCGAGCAUGGUCAAGAAAGAGCAAACUGGCUGUCACUAUGGACACACUAUUGAGUCUGUCGCUAAUUCUCGGCCUUGGUUCAUCCGUAUUGCAAACGGUAUCUGGGAGGUUGGUGAUGAGCUCACAGCCAUAUGCAUCCUCGGGUUCUUUUCUGACUGUUGUCAUCCUCGCUGGUAGAUAUCUCGAAGCAGUCCUACGUAAGGAGAGUAAUGCACAUUUAAUAGCGCUUUACGGAAUGAAGGCAGAGAAGGAACUCUACCAGAUUUCCGGAACUGAUGUUGCGCUGCCAGCAUCGCUGCUGAAGAAGAGCGACGAUGUUGUCAUUAUGCCGCAAGCUACCAUACCAUGCGAUUGUUAUAUCGUUGAGGGUAGCUCAGCCAUCGACGAAUCGACCAUCACAGGAGAAGCGUUGCCCGUAACAAAAGAGAUGGGAGAUUUUCUGCUUGCAGGAACGAAGAAUCUAUCCCGCCGGGUGAGGGUCAUCAUAUGUCAGGAUCAGAGCGAGUCAUCCCUUGCCAGGGUGAUCGAAGGUGUGUCUACCGCCAGCGAGCAGCGACGCGAGGGCAUGGAGCCACUCGACAUGAUCAUGAAGGUUUUUGUGUCUGGGGUCAUGCUGCUAGCUCUCAUAUCAUUUGCGACUACUCUCAUUUAUCACUGGGGCUCACCGGGCUUGGAUGUCAUCACAGCCGCAUGUGAGCGGACCAUGACUGUAUUGUCUGCUGCAUGUCCUUGUGGGAUAGGUCUGGCGACCCCGUCCGCAGCCAUGGCUGGUGUUGAUGCUGCAUAUUCCCAGGGUGUCCUUUUGAGUGGCGGUAUCAGAACUAUGCGAGCCCUAUGCAAAGCCACACAUGUCGUUAUGGACAAGACGGGAACUCUUACAAGAGGCAAUCUUGAUGUCGUGAGCCACCGUUUCGAUGGAGAAGGUAGGUUCAAUGAAGAUGCAUGUUUUCGGCUGUUGGCGGCCGCGGAAGCAGAAGACGCUCGUGUUCAUCCCGUUGCGAAAGCAGUCUUCAAGUGGGCGCUGACCAUGAGCAAUUCAUGCGGUAUGGCGCGCUUCUCAGAACACGUGAACAAAACACGCAAUCUCAGAUCUGUCCCUGGUAAAGGAACGAGCUGCCAAGUCCAGACUUUCGCCAACGUCUGGACAGAAGUUAGCAUAGGAUCGGCGGCAUACCUGAAAGAAAGCGGCAUCGAGGUCGCACUGGAAAGCAUCGAAGCCUCCAGUGUGUACUUUGCUUUUAACGGGCGGUAUAGCGGUUACAUAUGUGUUCAAGACACCGUCCGCCCGGAAGCUUCUUCAGUCAUCCAAUCUCUCCUGUCAGACGGCUUGCGAAUUACUAUGUUGACUGGCGAUACCGAGCCCGAGGCCUCGCGCAUAUCAUCAGUCCUUGACAUUCCCGUCCUCGCAUCACGCGCGUCUCCUUUUGACAAGAUGCGGCACGUUCAAGACUUACAACAAGAGGGUCAUUGCGUCGUCAUGGUUGGCGAUGGCGUCAACGACUUUCUCGCGCAGUCAACAGCGGAUGUAGGCGUUUCUGUAUCGUUGGUACAAGGCUAUCUGGCUCGCGCAGGGAGCGUAGUCAUAUUAUCAGGCAACUUGCAAUGUCUUGCUGCUGCGUUCUCCAUCUCAAGACGAGUGGUGGCUCAAGCAAGGACAAAUGUAAGAUGGGCUUUGAUUUAUAAUUUCAUUGCUCUGAGUCUGGCCUUGGGCUUGUUCGAGAGCUGGGGCAUUGUUGUUACACCGUAA